UCCUGAUAGAUAACCGCCCUGGGACUGACUGGGAUAAGGUGAAGCCAACCUUUCUGCUCCUAAUCACUUGGCUGACGAUUAAGGGGAAGAAGAAUCUUCGGUUAGAACUUGCUCUUGCUUCAAGUAUAAGGAAUGGCAUUAAACUUCUGUCUCCCGCAUUUCAGCCCAAGGGUUCAGUGCAAUAAGGUCUGUGCUGACGGCUAUGAAGUGAGCAAUCUAAUAUCUGCGGACCCUGUGAAAAGAAACUGUGGCUUCCGUGCUGAAUACUUCAUCAAGCCUCCUGUACAUGUUACCAUUUCAUUCCCAUUUAAUGUGGAACUGUGUAAGAUUGACAUAGAUGUGUCAGCCAGCUUACAAAACUCUUCAAGGUUGGAUAUUUAUACAUGUACCACACACAGUAAGGAUAUGACAUGGAAUGGAGCUCCGUCACACAGCUCUCCAUCAGCAGACCACGCCUUUUCUGACUGUGAUGUUUUCACAUUGGUGGGGAAGGCCAUGUUGAAAAGCCAAAACAAAGUGUCCUUCAGACAUAAAGCCUUUAAAGCCAGGGCUCCUUUUCAUGAAUUUACUGAGCAUUCUGUUGUUGCUGAUGGUACCUUUGUGCAGGAUCUCUGGAAUAAGGGUCAGUUUUCACUGACAAAUAUAAAUCACCUCAGGAUCUCCAUUGCUUAUGUGUCAGGUGGCAGUUUGCCGUGCUUAAGGAAGGUUGACAUCUGGGGCCAACCAUCGUGGUCUUGCCCUCGUAAUAUCAUAGAAUGUGCCUUCAGAGUUCAUCAGAAAUAUAAAGCUGAACCAUCAAUUCCAAUACUCACGCAGGAAAAUGUUUCUGUCACCCAGUCUAGUAAUGCACCGAGAGACGGCCUGCACCCAGAUGUUAGCAGCUCUUCAGUGACCAAUGGGAAUGUUCCAGAAGAAUUUCUGGACCCAAUCACUUCUGAGAUCAUGAUCCUCCCAAUGUUGCUUCCCUGUGGGAAAGUGAUUGAUCAGAGUACUCUGGACAAAUACAAUCAGUGUGAAGCCACAUGGGGCAGAGUGCCAAAUGACCCCUUCACAAAUGUUCCCUUUAGCCGGAAUUCCAAACCAGUCCCUCACUCAACUCUGAAAGCAAGGCUGGAUUAUUUCCUGCUGCGGACCUCGAUACCGGAUCGUGCCGUUGUGGGGAGGACUCACGUUGGAUUUGUUGCCUCAUCUGCAGUGAAGAGAAAGUCAGACUCCCCACAGGGCGUAGUCACAAAUCCUAUUUCGGAAGGACUAAAUGCUGGCAUUAGUGGGAGCUCCACUGCUGUGCUAGACUGUGGUGAAAAGCGAUUCAAAACAGGAAUGAGAAAACCGCAAGAGCCUGUACAAGAUUCGGGUCCGGUUUCCCAUGAACAGAGGUUGUCUCAAAGUCUGGAUAAUGCUUUAACUUCUGCCUUAAGUACACUGCCAACCUUCACAGUUCGACAAAGACAAGACCAGCAACAGCCAGUAGCCGGCAGCACCUCUGACUGUACACAAGAAUGGACUCCAGCCAGUUCUAACGAAGUGUGCAUCUCCUGCAGAAAGUCAUUCUCUGCGUACUCCCAGAACGUGAUUGUGUACAGAUUGCCCUGUGGGCACCUGAUCUGCAGAGUCUGUCUGUCAGAGAGACAGAAAUCUUCAGCACUCUCCUGUUUGAAAUGCAACCGUGCAAUCUGUACUCGCGAUGUGGUGCGGGUUCAUCUUUAGAGUUCAGGCACUUUGAGCCAUCCUGAAUGUGUUUGGCAAAGUCUUAUGUCGCUUGCAUUCCACUACAGUUAGCAAAACUCAAAUA